ACUUUCUAGACUACCCCGCCAAACCCAAAAGUUCCAACAGCCGGGCAGCGGGCUGAACCUAAAUUGUUAGUCAUACAUUUGUUUCCUUGCAUUCUUUACAACUGCAUCAUACGGCACACACCUGGAUUCUGGAGGAUGGAGCAAUUUUCAUUUCAAGUAAACUCUCCCCACCAUCAGUCCAGGUGGUCCCCACACAAAUAUGCGAAUCUUUGUUUGAGAUAGGUUUUUGGGUUUUCUUCUAUUUUCAUGGUUGGGCUUGGUUUCGCCAAUAACCCAACUCAAACUCUCCAAGUUUGACGACUUGUUGCGUUGGAUUGGAUUGUAUCAGUUCGGUUCAAUAGUUGAAGCGGUGAUUUCUGAACUAUUUCGCGUUGGCGGGAGACCUCUAUUUGGCGGGAAAUCAUGUCUGAAUGACGAAAAUACCCUUCGUCACGUUACCAAAAUAAAUGAAUAAUCCAACAAAAGCAUGCCAUUUUUCCGUAUCACGAGGGUUUUAAAAUUAUACAACUUCCUUUCUCGGUUUCCCCUUUAAAAACCCUAGAAUUUGAAGUUUGAACACCACCAUCAGCCGAAAAGUUUUGGAUCGGUAAUGGCGGACGCGGAAGAAGAGAACACAGAGACCCUUCAACCCGCGUUUCCACUCGGGCGAGUGAAGAAGAUCAUGAAACUCGACAAUGAGAUUAAGAAGGUGAACUCGGAAGCUCUCCUCCUGGUCUCCCUCUCCACUGAUCUAUUCCUCCGAUUCCUCGCCGAGAAAUCCGCCGGGGUUGCCGUCGAGAAGAAGCGAAAGAUCGUGAAGCUCGAACACCUGAGAAUUGCCGUCAAGAAGCACGAACCCACCAAGGAUUUCCUCCUCGAUUCGCUCCCGAUGCCUUCUCAGGUGUCGACUCGUCCAUCGACGGCCGAGAGCCGACCUAAGCCCACCGUUGAGAAGGCCGUUCCCGCUGGUACUCACAGGAUCGAUGAUUUCUUUCACAAAUGUUCAAAUGGGAUUUCAAAUCAGACCGAGUAAUUCUUCCCUUUUACAUGAAUUGUUUACUUUCUCUUACUCAUAUAAGUAUUAUAUAUCCCUGUGUGUUAAUGGAGAUUUUGAUGUGGUAGUGUGUGAUAGAGUGCCGUUUGAUCUUUUGACCAGACGGUGAUGGGCCUGAGAUUGCUAUAUACCCCACCAAGCAUAUGGUCUGUAAAAUGUAAAUUACCUAAUUGGGGAAGUGCUACUGCUAGAACUAGUCUGAUCUAAGCCACCGUCAAUCUCUAGGGAGAUGGUAAUGUGCAUUUGAUAUCCCAAAUCUGCUCAGCACCAAA